UGAGAUUUCUGUUGUUGUUUUUUUUUUUUAAAUGGUGUAAAAGUUUCUUAAUAUAGAAUAUUUAUUGUUAAUGAAGGUUAACAACAGUGUAGUAAGUGGUAUUAUUUUGUUGUUGCAGAGAACUGUUGCUGGUGGGACUGUCAUCACCCGGUGAGACGUCUAGCACUGACGUAGUGGUCUCAGAAAAUGGCGUCAGGGAAGGCAGGGAGAAGAGGUUCCUGGAUAUGGAGACGCGAGGAGGUCUCACCUUCCCUGGUUUUGGCUUCUCCACCGGCAACCUGCCGCAGGACCGCGACCACAUGAUGAAGCUACUGCAGAAGGCCAAACUGCGACAAAAGAGCAGACUUCUGCCGUCCAUUCAGAGCACCCACAGUGACCUGCCCAUCGGCAAGAGGAACCUGGCAGCCCUGGCAGCAGCUAACAACAUGCCCAAGAACGUGAAAAAGUCGGAAUCCUCAACUGUCCUUCCCACUGACGUCUCUGCCACCACGGAGGCUAAACUGCCAGAUAAGCGGAGCAUCGCAAGCCUCGCCCGUGAUGGUAAAUUACCAGAAGCUAGAACCAAGAAGGAUAUGGAAGAUGACGCCCAUAAUAACGACGAUAAACUGCCUGUCGUAGUACCUGCCAAGAUCAGUAACGAAGCCCAUGCCAUCAACAACAUGAAGUCAUAUUCUGGAGACACCAGCAGUCACAACAUUAGCGUGUCUCCAUCACCUGACCUGGAUAAGCGCCAUUUAUCAAGCAUUGCAAGAGAGAACAACUUUCCCAAGCACAGCCUCCAGGAGAAGCGUUUUCUGGGCUCCUUGCUGAAGAAUAACCCGCCGUCUUUCAUAGACAACAGCUUGGAGAAGCGCUAUUACGCCUCAACUCUCGACUCAUACACAGACAGCAACAAUUUUGACAAGCGGUUUUACGCUUCUCUUCUCAAAUCCAGCUCACCACCCCACACAGCUCACCUCAACCUCAUCAGCAGCCAGGACAUGGGCGAAUCAAUGCCCUUCCUUUCCAACAAGCGGUACUUCGCGUCCCUCCUCAAAAGUCCUUACUUCAACAGACCUGCCGAGGGAGAGACCCAGAAGAGGUUCUAUGGUUCCCUACUGCAAAAUCUGCCCAGAUCAUCCGCUGUAGACCCACAGGACCUGGAGAAGAGGCGCUACUCCUCGCUACUCGAGAACCAAGACGCAGGUAGCUUCCAAGAUGAUCUGGGAACGGAGAAGCGCUACCUUGCGUCUCUCCUUAAGAAAGAGACAAACUCUCUGGAGAAGCGACAUGUCGCCUCGCUCCUGAAUAAGAAGUCUGAAGAAUCUACCGAGUCGUUUCUUGAGGAUAAACGACAUUUGGCCUCGCUCUUCAAGCCCAGGAGAAGCGAUGAUUCUCUGGCUGCGUUUGAUGAAGAAAAACGACAUCUAGCUUCACUUUAUAAACCAAGAAGAAACGACAUUUCGAUGGAUGAGUUAGAGGAGGAAAAACGACAUUUGUCUUCUCUUUAUAAACCAAGAAGAAACGACGAUUCUUUUGAUGAAUUUGAAGAAGAAAAAAGACACUUGUCUUCUCUUUAUAAACCAAGAAGAAACGACGAUUCUUUUGAUGAAUUUGAAGAAGAAAAACGACACCUGUCUUCUCUUUAUAAACCAAGAAGAAACGACGAUUCUUUUGAUGAAUUUGAAGAAGAAAAACGACACUUGUCUUCUCUUUAUAAACCAAGAAGAAACGACGAUUCUUUUGAUGAAUUUGAAGAGGAAAAACGACAUUUGGCUUCUCUUUACAAACCAAGAAGAAGCGACAAUUCCCUUGAUGAAUUUGAAGAGGAAAAACGACAUUUGGCUUCCCUUUACAAACCCAGAAGAAACGACGAUUCUUUUGAUGAAUUUGAAGAAGAAAAACGACACUUGGCUUCUCUUUACAAACCAAGAAGAAGCGACAAUUCCCUUGAUGAAUUUGAAGAGGAAAAACGACAUUUGGCUUCCCUUUACAAACCCAGAAGAAACGACGAUUCUUUUGAUGAAUUUGAAGAAGAAAAACGACACUUGGCUUCUCUUUACAAACCAAGAAGAAGCGACAAUUCCCUUGAUGAAUUUGAAGAGGAAAAACGACAUUUGGCUUCCCUUUACAAACCCAGAAGAAACGACGAUUCUUUUGAUGAAUUUGAAGAAGAAAAACGACACUUGGCUUCUCUUUACAAACCAAGAAGAAGCGACAAUUCCCUUGAUGAAUUUGAAGAGGAAAAACGACAUUUGGCUUCCCUUUACAAACCCAGAAAAAACGACGAUUCUUUUGAUGAAUUUGAAGAAGAAAAAAGACAUUUGGCUUCCCUCUACAAACCAAGAAGAAACGACGAUUCUCAUGAUGAAUUUGAAGAGGAGAAACGACAUCUGGGAUCCCUUUACAAACCCAGAAGAAACGACGAUUCUUUUGAUGAAUUUGAAGAGGAAAAACGACACUUGGCUUCCCUCUACAAACCCAGAAGAAGCGAUAAUUUCCUGGAUGAUUUUGACGAAGAGAAACGACAUCUAGCAUCUCUUUACAAGCCGAGAAGAAACGACGAAUUUUUGAAUAAUUUUAUCGAAGAAAAACGACACCUAGCUUCACUUUACAAACCAAGGAGAAACGACGAAUCUCUUGAGGAAUUUGAAGAAGAGAAACGACACUUGGCUUCUCUUUAUAAACCAAGACGAAACGACAAUUCUCUGGAUGAAUUUGAGGAGGAAAAACGACAUCUGGGAUCUCUAUAUAAACAAAGACGAAACGACGAAUCUCUUGAUGAAUUCGAGGAAGAGAAACGACAUCUGGGAUCUCUUUAUAAACCAAGAAGAAACGACAAUUCUGUAAAUGAAUUUGAAGAGGAAAAACGACAUUUGGCUUCACUUUACAAACCCAGAAGAAGCGACAGCUCUGUAAAUACCUUGGAUGAGGAAAAACGACAUAUAGGCUCACUUCAUAAACCUAGAAGAAGCGACGACUCUUUGGAUACUUUUGACAAAGAAAAACGACAUUUAUCGUCUCUUUACAAACCAAGAAGAAACGACAAUUCUUUGGAUACUUUUGAGGAAGAGAAACGACACAUAGGAUCACUUUAUAAACCAAGAAGAAACGACGGUUCACAAGACACAUUUGAUGAAGAAAAACGACACAUAGGAUCACUUUAUAAACCAAGAAGAAACGACAAUUCUUUGGAUACCUUUGAGGAAGAAAAACGACACAUAGGAUCACUUUACAAACCAAGAAGAAACGACAAUUCUUUGGAUACCUUUGAGGAAGAAAAACGACACAUAGGGUCACUUUACAAACCAAGAAGAAACGACAAUUCUUUGGAUACCUUUGAGGAAGAAAAAACGACACAUAGAAAAACGACACAUAGGGUCACUUUACAAACCAAGAAGAAACGACAAUUCUUUGGAUACCUUCGAGGAAGAAAAACGACACAUAGGGUCACUUUACAAACCAAGAAGAAACGACAAUUCUUUGGAUACCUUCGAGAAGAAAAACGACACAUAGGGUCACUUUACAAACCAAGAAGAAACGACAAUUCUCUGGAUACCUUUGAGGAAGAAAAACGACACAUAGGAUCACUUUAUAAACCAAGAAGAAACGACAAUUCUUUGGAUACCUUUGAGGAAGAAAAACGACACAUAGGAUCACUUUAUAAACCAAGAAGAAACGACAAUUCUUUGGAUACCUUUGAGGAAGAAAAACGACACAUAGGAUCACUUUAUAAACCAAGAAGAAACGACAAUUCUUUGGAUACCUUUGAGGAAGGAAAACGACACAUAGGAUCACUUUACAAACCAAGGAGAAACGACGGCUCACAAAACAUAUUUGGCGAAGAAAAACGGCACAUUGCAUCUCUUUUAAAUAAAAAAUCAGAGGAUGUAUCCAGUAAGUCGUCAUCGAAGGACCCUGACCUGGAGGAGAGGUACCUGUGGUCGCUCCUGAAGGACCGUGCGGAAAACCACGACCCUCAGGCCCAAGACAGUAAACAUAUUUCUUCCUUAAUGAAGCACAAAGAUGACGUCGAUCCUUUGGAAGAAGAUGACAUCGACAAGAGGUACUACGCAUCACUGCUGAAGAAGUCACAGGAGCCUCCGAUGGACUCACUUGACGAGGGCCUCAACAACGGUCAAGAUUUUGGCUUCUCUAACGUCCAUCUCACAGGCGGCGGUGAGGGUCCCCAGCAGCGAGAAUUCACUUCGAUGUUGAAUGAUGUCCCAGCUGAUGCCUCCUUCAGUGUAGAUAAAAGGUACUUCGCGUCACUUUUGAAAAGCAGACACUCAAGCUUUGGAUCAGCUCCUUCGGCAGACAAGCGUUACUUCGCGUCACUCUUGAAGAACAGACAGUCAAGCUUCGGAUCAGAUCCUUCAGCAAACAAGCGUUACUUCGCGUCACUCUUGAAGAACAGACAGUCAAACUUUGGAACAUAUCCAUCAGCAUACAAGCGUUACUUCGCGUCACUCUUGAAGAACAGACAGUCAAGCUUCAGACCAUAUUAUCAGUCAACAGGCAAGCGCUACUUUGCAUCACUCUUAAAGAGCAGACAGUCAAAUUUUGCCCUAGAAGACCAACCAGCGGACAAGCGUCACUUCUCGUCAUUACUCAAAGGCAGAGACUCAAGCCUGGCUGAAGACAAGCGUCACAUCGGUUCGCUGAUGCAGCAGAGACAUGACAGUUUCACAUCAAGCUCCCUGUCUGCUGACAAGCGCCAUCUUGGUUCUCUCCUACAGAAUAAACAGACAAACUUGACGCCUGAUAAACGCCACAUUGGCUCGCUACUGCAGAACAGACAGUCUAGUUUAGCGGCAGGAAAGCGGCACCUCGACUCCAUCCUGGACGACUCGGUGAUCGAUAAUGAAGCCCAGGGUCACCCUAGACGGAAGCGGUAUAUCGGAGCCUUGGCCAAGAGUAACAACAUGCCUCACCCAUACUCCAGGUCGAGACAAAACCGCCGGGAUGCCCCUAACACACCAGAGGACAACGUGGCCUACCUCAAGCGCCUCAUCAGACUCGAAAUCAAAAAAGGUCUCUUAAGGAAGCGCCAGAGACAGAACGUGGCUAAAGGAAACAGUAAAAUUGUCGCCCUACUUGACAGUAUAAGAAAGUCUCCGUCUCCUGGCGAGGACGCUAACGGAGACGGUGACGAGGGUCUUCCAAAGGGCAAGAGGAACAUUCAGUCUCUCGCCAGAAAUGGUUACUUGAAUAUGCAUCGCAAUUACAAACGUGAAGACGAUAUAAUCUACAGCGACCUAAGCCAGGACGAUAUUCCACAGAACGACGCUCUUCAGGACGAUCCCAUGGAGGACGACAUGAACCUGGCGUAUCCGUGGGACAACACCUCUCCGCAGACCAGCGUCGUCAAACGAUUUUUAGGUAAGUUCCGGAAGCAGUGCUUUUAGAGCUUGCAAGAAACUGUGGUAAGUUGUGCGUGGAUCU